GAAAGAGAAGAUGGCUGAUAAGUGUCACUUGUGUCUGCUGGGACUGAUCUUUCUCUCUUCACUUCUCACAGGACUCAGUGGAGCGGAUGAUGCUCAUGUGUUCAUCAGUUCUGGUGAAGAUGUCCAUCUGCCCUGUAAUAAUGCUCUUCAUGACUGUAAAUCAACUACAUGGAUCUAUAACAGAUUCAGAGAUUCAUCAACAGUUGAACUGAUCACUGGAGGGAGAAAGAAGACAGACACCGAGAGACAUGAGAGACUGAGUCUGGGGUCUGACUGCUCUCUGAACAUCAAGAGAGUCACAAAAGAAGAUUGUGGAUCUUACUUCUGCAGACAAUAUGUGAAUAAUCAACAAGGAACUGAUGCUCGUGUUUAUCUGCAUGUUCUUCAUGUCUCUUCAUCUGAGAUCAGUGCAGGUCUCUCUGUGACUCUCUUCUGUCAGUUGUAUUCAUCAUAUCCUCGAGUCUCUUGUGAUGAUUUGAUCCGUUCUGAGAGAAUUGAUCUGUUCUGGGUGAAUCAGGCUGGUGUUAAACUGACGAGAUCAGACUCCAGAUAUCAGAUAUCAUUCUCAUCAGAUCACUGUAUCAGCUCUCUGACUACAACACUCCUGAAUGAAGAUCACAACAGAGAGUGGAGAUGUGCAGUUACUCAGAGAAAUCAACUCAAGACCUCAGUGACAUACACUGUCAAGAUCUCAGAUCAAGCUGAUUCAACGACAGCAGUCACAAACUCUCAGCAUCGCUCAACUACAAACACAGAUGACACUGAAGAUCAAGUUGGUUCAACUCAUUCAGCAUUGAUUCCAGUCCACAGCACAAACUCUCAGCAUCGCUCAACUACAAACAGACACCAAACUGAAGAUCAAGCUGAUUCAACGACAGCAGUCACAAACUCUCAGCAUCGCUCAACUACAAACACAGAUGAAGCUGAAGAUCAAACUGAAAGAGUAACAUCAGUGACUCCAGCAGGAACGUCUACACAAGGGUUUGGGUAG